AUGACCCUGACCACCACGAGCAGGACACGGCCAGCUGGGAGGGGACAUUGCUGUGACCGUGCGGGGGUGGCCGUGGUGGCCGUGGUGGCCGCGGCGGCCCCGGUGACGCGGCGGGUGCCCGCAGUGUGCGCGGGGACGCUGAACGGGCUGAGCGUGACGGGGGACGCGCAGCACCAGUACCAGACCCUGCACAAGAUGUACAACAACUGCGAGAUCGUCAUGGGCAACCUGGAGAUCGUCCUCAUCGACCACACCCAGGACCUCUCCUUCCUCCAGACCAUCCGGGAGGUGACCGGCUACAUCCUGAUCGCCAUGAACGUGUUCGCGGCGCUGCCGCUGCAGAACCUGCGCGUGAUCCGCGGCACGCAGUUCUACGAGGAUCGCUUCGCGCUCUUCGUGCUGCUCAACUACAACCCCAACACCACGCACGCCCUGCGCCAGCUCGGCCUCAACCAGCUCACCGAGAUCCUGGCGGGGGGCGUGUACAUCGAGAAGAACGCGCAGCUGUGCCACGUGGACACCGUGGAGUGGAGGGACAUCAUGAGGGACACGCGCCUGGAGCCGCUCGUGAGGGACAACGGCCGGGGCUGUGCCCCGUGCCACGAGAGCUGCGGCGGCCACUGCUGGGGGCCGGGCCCUGAGGACUGCCAGAAACCCACCCUGUGCAUGCACUGCUUCGCCUGCCGGCACUUCAACGACAGCGGCGCGUGCGCCUGCCGGCACUUCAACGACAGCGGCGCGUGCGCCUGCCGGCACUUCAACGACAGCGGCGCGUGUGCCUGCCGGCACUUCAACGACAGCGGCGCGUGCGUGCCGCUGUGCCCGCAGCCCCUGAUCUACAACAAGCUGACCUUCCAGCUGGAGCCCAACCCCGACACCAAGUACCAGUACGGGGGGGUCUGCGUGCGGGAGUGCCCCCACAACUUCGUGGUGGACCAGAGCUCGUGCGUGCGCGCCUGCCCCAACGACAAGAUGGAGGUGGAGAAGAACGGGCUGAAGAUCUGCGAGCCCUGCGCGGGGCUGUGCCCCAAGGCCUGCGAGGGCACCGGCGCCGGCAGCAAAUACCAGACCGUGGACUCCAGCAACAUCGACACCUUCAUCAACUGCACCAAGAUCCUGGGCAACCUCGACUUCCUCAUCACGGGCCUCGAGGGGGACCCCUGGCGCAACAUCUCGGCGCUGGACCCGGAGAAGCUGAACGUGUUCCGGACGGUGCGGGAGAUCACGGGGUACCUGAACAUCCAGUCCUGGCCCAAGCACAUGCACAACUUCAGCGUCUUCUCCAACCUGGAGACCAUCGGGGGAAGGAGCCUGUACAACCGCGGUUUCUCGCUGCUGAUCAUGAAGAACGAGAACGUGACCUCGCUGGGGCUGCGCUCGCUGCGGGAGGUGAGCGCGGGCCGCGUGUACAUCACCGAGAACCGGCGGCUCUGCUUCCUGCACACCGUGCACUGGGCCGCGCUCAGCCGCAGCCGCGCCGACCUCGACAUCCGCAACAACCGGCCCCGCAGCAAGUGCCGUGCGUGGGACGGGCUGGGGAGGGGGCGUGGGACCCCCCCCGGGCACCCCCAGACCCCUCCAGGGGCCCCCG